AUGAAGGUCUUCGUUGCCGCUACCGCCCUUCUGGCUACUGCCUUUGCCCAGUCCGACGCUUCCAGCAAGAUCUCCAGCGCCGUCUCGUCUGCCGCGUCCGAGGCCAGCUCUGCUGCCGCCAGCAUCACCAGCGUGCCCUACUCCAACGAUGCCACCCGCUUCCUCACCAUGACCGACUCGCGCGGUGUCGUUACCGGCAUGCCCGGCGUCGUCACCUCGCAGCCCAACGCCGCGACGUCGAUGGCCCAGGUCGCGACCAUUCCUGCUCUGCCCACCUCGGGUCUGUGGACCAUUGCCAUCGGCACGGCCACCAACGUCGUCGUCUCGGCCGGCGAGAGCACCACGGCCGUCAUCUCUGGCCCCGCGACCCUGAUCACCACCACCAAGGGCUCCAGCACCGGCCUCGUCCUCUCCGCCUCCACCGGUGCCGCCGAGUCCUCCGGCUCCAGGGCCUCCGAGUCUGCCUCCAAGUCUGCCUCUGCCUCUGGCUCCAAGGCUUCCGAGUCCGCCUCCAAGUCUGCCUCCAAGACCUCGGACUCCUCGUCCUCUUCCAGCAGCAGCUCUGCCUCUGCUUCGGCCUCUGCCUCCGAGGGUGCCGCUGCCCCCAUCGCCAAGGUCGCCUCCGGCGCUCUGAUCGGUGCCGGUGCCUUCUUCGCCGUCUUCCUGUAA